AUGAAAGUGGUCGGGAAUCAUACUCAUGAUGCGAAGUUGCCGCCGCUGUUGUUUGCGACGGAUCGGUUCCCUCGUGCGAGGGUUAAUAUCUACUCAAAACCUGACUUGCUUACCACUAUUCAUGAGAUACUCGGCAAUUCACCGGAGUUCGACUUCAUCCGCUCUACGUGUUUUGGGGUCUUAUUCGAUUUCCUAGCGAGUUUAUGCCAAAACUCCGGGAAGCUCGUCCACGCUAUGUUGACGAGACAGCUGUUGUCCAAGAAUAAUUACAAGAUGUGGACGGUAUACGGUGGACAUCCCUUGCGAUUCAGUCUUUCUGAUUUUGGUAGGGUAUCUGGACUCCCGUGUGGAGACUAUCCCGAGAACUAUGACCCAAAUUUGAUGGAGAAACACCCACAAGAGCCAGACGAUUUGUGGAGGAAGAUAAUUGGGGACUCAAUUCACACUACAACUGGAGACUUAGUCGAUGAGCUGAGAGCGAAUCCAGAGAUGACACCAAAGAGAAGGAUACAGCUGGCGCUUAUUACGAUAGUUGACAGCGUUCUCAUUGCGAGUGCGGUGAUCCACAGACCUACACCGAAAUAUGUUCGGAUGCUCGAUGAGAUGGACUCGUUUUUGAGUUUCCCUUGGGGGAGAGAGUCUUUCUUCCGCACUAUUAUCACGAUGAGGCCGCUGCGCAAUGGUAAACAUGAUGAUCCUAACAAGGUGUUCUGUGAUCAACUAUUGACGGGAUCAAUGCGGGUGAUGGGCUUUCCACUGAUUCUUCAGAUGGUUGCAUAUAGAGCGAUACCUCUUCUAGCUGCGAAACUACCUAAUAUAUCGGACGAAACUCCGUUGUUGGAAAUUAGCAGUGAGGACAUCUCCAGACACAGACCCAUUUCGAUGGAUGAUAUAAUCGAAGUGGAGAACGAUCCCAAGCUAAUUGUGCAGCCAAUGAUAGAGGUUGGAGAAAAGGGAGAACCGGCGGAGGAAGGGUGGGGGAAGUGGGAUGACGAGGUCAGAGAUAGGAGGGUGAAGUACCUAAAGAGGAAGCUAAAAGAAGGACACGUAUUUGGGAAGGGCGAAUGGUGGGGUGGCAACGACACGGAACCACUAAUCGUGGUGAAGGAAGCUAUUCCAAAAGGAGAACACAUUAAACAUGUCCAUGAUCGGAGGAGGGUUAAGAGGAGCAAGCCCGCCGCGUCUAAACUUGGUGUCCGAGACAUGCCUUCCACGUCGAAGGCAUCUUCAUCUGGAGGAAGUAGGCGUCAGGAAAGUGUUUCGACAGAGAAUCAAUUGGAGUGGCUGAUGGCUGAGAUGAAAGAGAGGUGUGAAGACAUUAAAAAACUCCAGCAACAGCAAGAUGAGAUGAUGAGAAUUUUGAAGGGCAGAGGAGCUGUUGACACGAGGCAACGUUCGUCACAGCUUAGGAAGAGGCAAAACCACAGGCGCAGGGAACAAUCGAGGAAAAAAAACAAGACCAAUGAUGGAGACGGAAACAUGGCAUCACUCUCUUUUGAGGUUAGUCUGAAAGAAGGCAGUCAGUUGCCCCGCGAUUGGAUGGAGGAGCCUAACCCAUCUCCGGAGAAGGUAGAAGAUAGGUCACAUGAAAGCGGUGAGAUGGAUGGAUUGCUAAGUCCGGUUGGGAAAAAAGAGGGUGCGUUGAAGAGAAAGAGGAGCAUUUCUCCAUCCGGGGAUGAGAGGGAAGAGAAAGAAGAGUUAAAGAUGGAUGAUGAGAUUGAGGUAGGUAGGAGAGGAAGUGCCGUGGGGGAGGAAUCAAAGGCAAUUGGCUCCAGAGACGAAGCAUUACAGACGUUUGAUGGGGAAGCUGCAGCAAAUAUGAUUUCUGAUAAAGUCCCUCCAGCUGAGAUUGGGGAGGCAAAAAUUGCCGCUGACACCAAGUCCAAGCAUGCUUUCGCUGACCAGUUUCUAGCCUCUUCUCCUGUACAGACAGUGGAUGUAGAGAGUCGGUCGUCCAGUGGUAAACAGUCGACACCGGGGACGCAAAGGGCGGCGUCUGUGUUGACUUCGCCCCCGAGGGUAGAUGAAAAAUCUCCAGGAACAGUCCAGCCGAUGGAUAUGUCUAGUUUGCCAGGCCGUGCGGGUACGAAUGUUGAUACAGUCUGUAUUAGUGAUUGUUCAGCUGUGUCAGAAUCGACUAGGCGCAAGCCUACUGAAGUGGAAAGGGAACUUGCACUAACAUUGCUAGCGAAUCAAAGCAGAGCACCAUUCAGUGUCCUUCCCACAUUGGACGUUGACAUAUGGAAGCAAUUCGAGCGAACGCUUGGCUCGUGUGGCUCUGUGAAACACCUUACGCGUAUGGGGAUCAACAACAACUUCCUGCUUGACCUGGCGAAAUCUAUGAACUGGGUAAACACAAAGCACAUUGAAUUGCUGAUGUCCGUUUUGGGGGAGAAACAUGCUGAGCUUCUUGAGAAGGAACGUGCUUGCAUUGCUGCACCUUGGUUAAUGGACACGAUCGACAUUAAGCACCGAUCAUGGAAAUCCGCAAGAAACAAGAAGACUUACAGAUGGGAUGACAGGCUCCGACACUUCAUGGCAGCUCCAGGAAAAACUUGGAUCGCCGAUGUGGACACUGUGUACGUGCCAAUGAUAUGGCUGUCGAAGCAUUGGGAGGGCCUUGUGAUUGACCUGAAGAUGCAAUGGGUGCAUAUACUUGACCCGGAUCCCUCGUGGAAAGAUGACAAGCAUGUUGAUAAAAUCAUGGGCCCCGUACUUGAGUUCCUACCGCAUAUCAUCCGCAACCUUUGCCCAUCGCACCCUUCUCAACCCGCAGUCCCAGCGCCGUUUACGUGGCAUAGGGCGCGCGAUGUGUACGUCAACAAGAGAAGUGGGGACUGCGGUCCGGUUGCAAUGAAGUUUAUGGAAAUGCACGCUCUUGGGGACCCUGCGCCGCAUAUGGGUGGAAUAACGGACGGGAUGGUUGAUGAUUUUCGGAAGCAAUACGCUAUGGAUCUGUACAAGGAGUUGGUGCUUCCGCUGUAUGAAGAAGGUAGUGUUGGCGAAAGGGGUCUUAGGCCGUCGAUGGUUAGUAGUGGCUUGGGGUGUAGUGCGUUUACUUGCAGACAGCACCACAAUGGCGAACUUCAGAUCAUUGAUUUCCUCGUUUAUAGCUUCGUCCUACCACUUCCACAUGUGGCAACCACCAUCCUGACAUAUCGGGUGUUCAGGGAAGAUGGCACGGUAUUGAUGGCCGGUGUGGAUAGGCCCUAUGGAUGCGGAGAUAUGGAUGACGUGGCAAGGAUGGGUUGUUAUGGAUGGGAUAUUAUGGAUGGGAUGUCGCUUUUGGCGAAACUUUAG